ACUCAGCCGUCACCGAUUAUCUGAUUAAUGAGUGAAAGUGCUGAAAUCCAAAUUCCAAGUAUAUCAAGUAUAUCCAGCGCCCAUUACCGAAUAGAUUUGCAACUCAAACUCAAAAUUGCUUCGCUAGUCCAGCUCCGCAACGGAAGGCACUCGCAAAGGCGCCGUAAGAUGCGCGAUUGGCCGGAUAGCGGACUGCUGUUAUGAGCCAGCACACUACGCAGUACGUUUUCAACUCAAAGGAAGACUACAACAUCACCCUAGACAACAUGAGUCGCGAGUUCGAAGAGCGGUGGAACCACCAGACCCAGUCGCCCUACACCAACCUGGAGAACUAUAUAACCAGGGCCGUUCUCGGCAACGGAAGUUUUGGCACUGUGAUGCUGGUCAGGGAGAAGGGUGGCAAGAACUACUAUGCCGCCAAGAUGAUGAGCAAGGAGGAUCUGGUGCGGCUGAAGCAGGUGGCCCACGUACACAACGAGAAGCACGUCCUGAAUGCCGCCCGAUUCCCGUUCCUCAUCUACCUGGUGGACUCGACGAAGUGCUUUGACUACCUCUACCUGAUCCUCCCGCUGGUCAAUGGAGGUGAGCUGUUCAGCUACCAUCGCAGAGUUCGCAAGUUCAACGAGAAGCAUGCCAGAUUCUAUGCCGCCCAGGUGGCACUGGCCCUCGAGUAUAUGCACAGGAUGCACCUCAUGUACCGUGAUCUGAAGCCGGAGAACAUUCUGCUCGAUCAGCGCGGCUACAUCAAAAUCACGGACUUUGGUUUCACAAAGCGUGUGGAUGGCCGCACCUCAACGCUGUGUGGAACCCCGGAGUACCUGGCCCCGGAGAUCGUUCAACUCCGGCCGUAUAACAAAUCGGUGGACUGGUGGGCCUUCGGUAUCCUGGUGUACGAGUUUGUGGCAGGGCGCUCUCCCUUCGCCAUUCACAAUCGAGAUGUUAUUCUGAUGUACUCCAAGAUCUGCGUGUGCGACUACAAGAUGCCCUCAUACUUUACGGCCCAGCUGAGGAGUCUCAUCGAGAGUCUCAUGCAGGUGGACACCACCAAGCGUUUAGGAAACUCGAACGAGGGCGCCAGUGACGUGAAGGGUCAUCCGUGGUUCCAGGGCGUGGAUUGGUUUGGCAUUCUUAACCAGGAGGUCACCGCCCCCUACUUGCCAACUGUUUCCGGUGCCGAAGAUCUGUCCAACUUUGAGAACUUCGAGUUCAAGGAUCGGUACAAGUCCCGAAUAAACCGCCAUCCCGAAUUGUUUGCGAAUUUUUAAA